AUGUGCAUCGCCAUUUUAUCCACCGCCCAUCCAGAGUAUUCUCUCAUAAUCCUUGAUAACCGAGAUGAGUUCAUACUACGGCCGACAUCCCGGCCGCAUUGGUGGGCUCACCCUACAUCCGGCAUGCAGGUCCUCUCGUCACGAGACCUUCAGAGAGCUGAGCAAGGCACAUGGAUGGCUGUGAAUAAAGUUGGCGACUUUGCUAUCCUCACCAAUUAUCAGGAAAUUGUCGAUGAAUCGGCUGGCAUUUCUACCACGCGAAGCAGAGGCGGCAUGCCGAGCCUUUGGGUUGGCGGCGACGCAAACCAGCCACUGACUGAUCGUGUGCAUCGUCUGGUCAAGGACGGCGGUGUCAAGGGCGUCGGCGGUUUCUCCAUGAUUUGUGGAAGACUGCGCAAGAACACAGAAAACAUCUCGAUUAUCAGCAACCGAGCAGACCAUGUUGACGAUGUGCCGACUGUGGGCGGAGAGAGGGGGAGGACCUGGGCAUUGAGCAACACCACGCACACAAACCCUGAAAAAUGGCCCAAGGUGUCCGACGGCGAGGAGCUGCUCAGCAAAGCAAUUCAGGGCGCCGUUUCCAGAAAGCAGACUGAAGCCGAAUUUGUCGAGUCACUCUUCACAGUGCUCAACCACGAUACACUACCGCCCGCCGAAGACGAAGAGGGUACCGUGCAAGACAGCAUGAAGAGGUUCCGACACAGCGUUUUCCUGCCUCCCGUUGGUACGGCACACCAAAAGGCUGAAUUCGCAGAGUCUGCAGCCAAAGGACGAGUCGGCUGGGAGGACGCUGCACAGAAAUCGAAUGGAGCCGCCAGCCACGCGCCAGCCAACCCAGUUGGGGGCUUCUCGACUGGACUGUACGGAACCCAGCGCCAGACUGUCAUUCUAGUCGACCUGGAGGGCACCGUUACUUAUGUUGAGAGAGCCUUGUUCGAUCCAAACGGAAACGAGAUCGAGCGAGGUGCGGCUGACGUCACGAUCAAAUUCACGGUAGACGGAUGGGACAGCUGA